GAACAAUUUCUUAACCCACCUCUCCAAGAUGUCUGACGAAAAGGCCUCCAUUGACAACAGCCAGACCGUCCGAAAAUUGGUGCACGCCAUGUCCGAUGUCAUCAAUACGGGCCUCAGCUAUGAGGCUCUAGAUGUUUGCAUGGACUUAUUGGACGCUGGCGUAAGCCCCAUGGCCCUAGCCAACAUUGUCCGGAUCAUGAGUGUUGAAGUAAAAGUGCAAACAGAACUAAACAACGAUAGCCAGGUAUAAGAGGAAGCUACAGAGCUAGAUGAGUAGAUGUUGAUUAAGUUCACGAAUUUAAUA